GCGGAAACCUUCGACGGGCUCGAAUUAGAUUUUAAUUUCGUCAAAUGAUCUUAACAUUUAACCACCAAACAAUCGUGUGUAUCGUAGCUAGACGGUGUUAGGAAUUGAAAAAGGGUGUUGAAACCACCAGGACCAACAUGUCCUGCGAAGUGAAGGUGCUUUCCGUCAUCGAAAACCUGCCUGAGGUACAGGAACAGUUUGGACUCAGUUCAGAUGAAAAUUGGUUGAACUCGGUAAGCUACUCACUCUCGCCAGCCGGAGAUACGUUGGCACUCGGACAUGGAUCGAUACUGUUGGUGCUGACCUCCCGCUGGGACCGCCAGCGACAGCUGAACGUUUACAGGACGGCCUGGAGGGGAGCGAUCGAUGAUGCUAGCUGCAACAUAACGAGCAUUCUAUGCACGCCGAUCGUUGGCCAGGGUCAGAGCUCGCAAACGAUGGUGGAUUUCAGUUACAUCAUCGUCGGUCUGGACAGUGGCUUGGUGCUGUUUUACGGAGAAACCGGUACACUCGUCCACUCGCAAAUAUUCCACCAGGAACCGAUACAGGCGCUCAAAGCCCAGAGUGGAAAGCAUAUCAAUGAGGAGCUGUACGUGAUGUACCCCUCGUGUACCGUGAUUUUGCAGGGAUCGCAGGUAUUUCCACUGCUACGUAGCUUACGGCAACAGAUCAAUCGCUACGGUGCGGGCAGUCCCAAGGUAAACGAAGCCCAGGAAACGAUUGCCUGUCGCAAGUGGAGCUACGAGAAGGGCAUGACGAUCGUGGAUGCGGUCGUUGUGGGACCGCAAAAAAGCUGCACAUUCGAUCACCUACUAACGGCCAGUCUGGAGGGUGGAUUCUUCGCCAAGUAUCGCCACGCGGCACCACAGAACUCGCUUAUCGUUGCUACAGGCACUAAACCGUACGUCGGGUUCCACUAUGCGAAGGAAGGCUUCACGCAACCGCUACUGGCUGACGUUGCACGAGCCGUGGCCAGCAAAAUCAAAUCUGCCUUACCCUCGUGGCUUGGUGGCGGUGGUGGGUCAUCAGCACAGCAGCAAGCCGCUGCGGAACCACAACUUCCUCCUUCCGAACCACUGAUCUGUCGCUUCGGGUUAUGCGAUCUUCAGCGAAACGCCUUCGCCGUAUGGCUUGCCCCAAACUAUCAGCUAGCGGCCGUUGCUGACAACUUAGGACGCAUCAUACUGGUCGACUGCCAGCGUGGUAUCGCUCUGCGUAUCUGGAAGGGCUAUCGGGAUGCCCAGUGUGGAUUCGUGGAGGUACCGGAGAAGCUUCCGAAAGAAUCCUCGACUGCAACUGGGGGAUCCUCGCGUAAAGUGGACCGACGAAGAGCGCUAUUCCUCAUCAUCUAUGCUCCCCGCCGUUCCGUGCUCGAAGUGUGGUCCCUGCGAUCCGGUGGGCCUAAGGUGGCCGCCUUUAGUGCGGCUAAAAAUGGACAGCUGAUGUACAACACCCACAGCCAGAUGGGUGUGACGAGUGGUGCAAGCAAAAUCAAAUAUUCCGGCCACGGUUGUACCUUUCUCGAUCCGUCUGACAAUAGCUUGAAAGAGAUCGUAAUACCGUUUCACUGUGCGCUGAGCGAUUCCAAGUCCAAAAUGGCAAAGGAUUUACAUCUGCUGAAACGCUUAAAAGUUUGCAUCAAAUCAGGGGAUGGUAGCGAAGCGGAAGAGUUGGAUGAGUUGAGCGAUAUGUGUCGUUGCUUUGAGACUGACGAGAUCCGGUUGCAGUGUGUCGAGAUGUUGGCCAAACAACGACGUAUAAGGCCACGGUUGUUCGCUGUUGCAGUGGAAAUUUUCGCUGAGGCAUCACUAGAGGGACCUACGGCCUCGUCGGCAGCUAGCACAACUACUGGCACAAUGGCAACGGCUGAAAUGGAGCACGAGGAAGAGAUCGAAACUCGCUCCGAGUGUGUAUUGCUUAGUAAAAGCCCUUUACGGAUUAUGUGUGAGAAUUAUCAACGGCUAGUCAUGUUCUAUCUGUAUCUGCACGGUGAUAUGCCUACGAUGGAGGAAGAGCAGGCAGAGCAAGACGAAACACAGAUCGAGUACAGCCGUGAAGGACAGCUAUCCGAACAAGAGCUAACCGUAAUAGAACAAUUGAUCGAGCUACUCCGGAUGAAUAACACCGCGAAAGAGAAUGUUCAAAGCACGAGUAACACAGCGGGCAAUUUGGGCGUUGGAGGCAGUAGUACAGGAGGCCCAAAGGGCGUUAAGUUUGAGGAAAAUGUUGGUUCCGGUGCGCGUAAUACGAGUUUUAUGGAGUACCUAUCGUCGUUCAACGUGAUCAACGACGAGCUUAUUCUGCUACGCGAAGAACAUGGCGCUAGUGCAUAUGCUGGACUAGGAAAGAUCAUCUUCGAAGCGCUGUACCUAGAGAGCGACGCGCGAAUUCCACGACUGAAUGGAUUCCUGGCGGCAGCAGAGGCAAGUGGAUUGAUGCCGGAAGAUUUAUUGCGGAUUUUCCUGGCCUAUUGGUUACGGCUUCCCUUCGCGUAUCAGGAUAUGGCAGCGCUGAUGGACGAUCUCGAUCGGUUCAAUGCAGUGCUACAUCAAAUCUGCCUGUUGGCACGUGAUAAGAUAAUCUUUGAUAACAAUACCAUCUGCCUGUGGUGGCAAUCGGUUCGAGAGUACCUGCUCGAAUCGCCGUGUGCCUUGCGAGGUCUGCUCGCAGCCCUGAUGUGCCGCAAUGAAGCGCUGCGGCACGAACAUCGUCGACGGAGCGUCGAGGAAGAGGUGACCGAACGGUUCGAGGAGGUAACGCAGGAAGCCUGCCAGUGGACACUGCUAAUCGACAAGCUCGAGGAUGUUGCAAUUCUGGGAACAAUUUUGGCCGAAGGUGUACGCUGUCUGCAUCCGCGGUGGCCUACGCUGAAGUACCAUAAACCAGCCGUUAGCUUGAAGGAGAUAUUGACGGGAGGAAAAGGCAUUAUUGGUGAGCUUGCCGCGAAGUGGAUCGCUUCGACCGGUAUCGAACCGGAUAUGCUAGUAAUAGAGGUCCCACCGGAAGCAACCGAAACGGAUCCAAAGCCAACACAGAGCGUGAGCGAUACGAAAGUUUCUCCCGAAAAGGUGUUACUAACGAGAAACGAUCGACGCGAACGGAACCGUCAGUUGGCGUUGAUCAAGGCAAACCUUCUGCAAACGUCCGAGUACGGUCCGGAUGAACGGGAAGAUGGCGAAGAAUCGAAGGAGCAGCUCGAUCCGGUGCUUUACAAUUUAAACAUUCUACGGUUGCACUUUCCAUUUAGUCUCGAUUCGGGUCAAUUGCUGGCACAGCUUGCCUGGGAGUACAUUGGAGCGUGGAGCCGGAACAUGGCCAACAUAGCCUGCUUGAAGGCGGGUCUUGCGUGCCUGCAUGCGAUACCGCGUCUGCAGUACUCCAUCAAGCACGGUCUGUGUUGCAUGGUGUGGAAUGCGCACCUGAAGAUCCCGCUCGAAGCGACAAAAAAGCUCGUUAACAAGGUAGGCCGGUUACCGAAGGAGAAGCUGUGCCUGCAAGAUAUCGGUAUCAGUGAUGCGCUCGUGGCACAGUUUCUGGAGUGUUGUCUGGAGUUUUUCGAACACUUUGCCGGCAGUAUCGAUCAUGAUAAACUGGAGCCACGUUUUGAAGAGCUGCUACAGGAGGGACCGGUCCCUCUAACGGUGCUGGCGGUACAGCAAAACUCCGCCAAUAUGUCGCUGCUAAGGUUACACCAGGAGCUCACGCUGGUACUGUUGAUGCUUACCUCUUUCAAUGUGCGUUACGCCAGCAAACCGAUCCAGCAGCUGUUCGAUGGUAUGGCCAAUCAAGCAUUUUUCGCCGAAAUCAAUCGACAGCUGACCGCGAACAGUGCACUGCCCAAGGCGGAUCAACUGCUCAGAAAGACCCGUCUCGAAUUCCUCUGCCGUACCGUUACCGCAACGAUGGAUUUGAUACACGAGGAGAUGCAGUUGGUCUACUACACGGAUCACAACGAUUGGAUGGAGAAAGUCGAGCGACUGGCCAGUGCAUGGGAACUAGAGUUUGGUGACAUCCGGAAACAUCAGAUAAUCGAGUUAUAUGCUCAUGGCUGGGAUACGUACGCACACGAGCUGUUGGAGAACGUAAUUCCGGAUCAAACCUUCGCAAACCUUUUGCUCACCAUUGCCGGUCGCCGGUUAGCCCUGUACACCAAAGCGAACCCCAGCACGUGGGGUCAGAUUGCUGCCGUCGGACCGCUCCUUACCGAUUAUCUCGAUACACUAGUUAGCAACGGUAACUACGGACCUCCUUUGCGGUUCGCCGGACUGGAGGAGGAAACAUUGCAGACUGCGGCUGGCGCUGAGAUGUUUAUUGAAAAGAUAACUAAACUAACGGAGAAAGCCUUCAACGCUCUCUCGACACUGGCGGUCAAUGCGAAGGGAACCUCGAAGGAACUACGUAUCGCUGGACUAAUAUUUGAUGCCUGUGCCACCAUUAAAGAUCAUCAGCCUAGGCGCUAGUACCCCGUGCUCAGCCGUUCGCUUUCGGCAGCGUAACAAUCACUACACUGCACUGGCACUCAAGCAAACAAUUGUAUUUACUGAUUGUAAAUAAUUUUAAUACAGCUAUCGCAGCAUCCCAAGCUUGUCUGCGCACUCAACUUCAGUUGAUAAUGCUCAAGUCGUCCUUCGUACGGCCAUCGUUGGCGGCUGGCACUGCCGUUCUUGAUCCUCUUUUCCUCUCUAACCCUUUAGCUAAGCUAUCAAGCGUCAUUAUCGAAAUCGAAACGAAAACCAAACACGUUAUACAAAUGUUAAUAAUAAAAUACUUCGU